AGACUUUCCAAUCGUAUAUGCAGUUCAAGGAGAUCCCUCGGAAACUGAUUGUCGCGAAACGCCUAUCACAGUGCUUGAACCCGGCGCUGCCAACGGGUGUGCACCAGCGGGCACUGGACGUGUACUCGCAUAUCCUCGCAGUGCUGGGGGCGGAGGGUCUCAAGCAGGAUCUGGCACUCUGGUCUUCUGGGCUCUUUUCCGUUUCGAAUAUGCGGCGACGUCGGUAAAGCCUGCAUUAUUGAAUCUAUAUGACACGCACUACCUCCCGCUUCAAGCAGAUUUACGACCCAUCAUGAAAUCGUUCAUACUCGCACUGCUGCCGGGACUGGAAGAGGAGACGGGAGAGUUUUUCGAAAAGGUGAUGAGCUUGCUCGACCGACUAUCUGGCACAGUAUCUCCCGCGUUCUUCUUCCAAAACAUAUGGCUCGUCAUGUUGACAACGCCCGCGGCACGGGGGAAUGCGCUCAACCUACUCUCGCGCAGGCUGCCGCGUCUGAAUGCUGAAGAGGCUCAUCAUUGGGCAGGACAUUGGUCUGAUGAUCCGGGCCUUCUCUGCGGCAUUAGAGGACGACAACUUGCUUCGCAGGCGGACGACCGGGGUAUCUUGAUGCGAGCUGCGACGAGCGUCGUUCUCCGGCGCGACCUGAGUCUGAACCGACGGCUUUACACGUGGUUGCUGGGCCCAGACGAGCGUAGCGAGGUGCAGAUGGAGUAUUUGCGUCAGCACGGGCUGGAGCUGCUCAGGAGGACGCUUGAUGACGAAAUGCUGUCGCCGUCCGGAGAGUACGCUGACUCGCGACCGUUCAAGAUCUUCAUUUCAUUGCUGGACAAGUGGGAAAUCGGGGCGCCUCUGACGGAGAGUCUGGUGUUCGAUGCGUUCAAGGCCGUGAAGAGACUCGUAGAGGAGCCCGGAAACAGUGGCGAAGACGUCACGAUGACCGCCAGCACACUGUACGAAGCUGUCGAGCCCGCAGUUCUCUGGAAGCAGCUGCUUCGCCGUGUGUUCGACGAGAUCAACUCUGAAGACGGAAGCAAAACAGAGGCGAUCCGAAUGGUCCUGACUGACGGAUCUGCUCGAUGCGCAACUCACCAAGGAUGUGGGCAGGAGUUUGACUCCGGCUGUGCGCGAAACGGUCAUUCUGCUGGAGGAGAUUCUACGGCAAAUUCCCACACCACAUUGAUGGCACCGGUCGAAGGAGAGGGCGCCCGCCCGCAUUCAUUUGCUGCGUCUUUCUAUGGCUUUUCUGUCCCCGAGGCCACAACAUCGACAAAUUCUGCGAUGCCUGCACCAUUUGCCAGCUCAUUCGAAAACCUGAUCACGCUCAGUCGGAUGUGUUCGCGAUACCUGGUCGAUGGGAACCCGAGCAAUCCUGCGUUGCUGCGAGAGGUCGCGUCACAAGUGAUGCUGCUGCUCGAAAGACUGGUCAGUCGGCUCGAGUCCCCAUUGACAGCCGAGUGGGAACCGAGCGAGUGGCUGGCUGCAGUACUUGCUACUCUGGAUCACCCGCAAUGCAACUUCACUCUCGUGGACCGGUCCAUCUCGUUAAUCGUCGUUCUGCAGCAACACUCGCCUCAGCUGGUCGUGGACGAGCGUCGCACGAUGGGGGUCAUGGUGAAACGUCUGCUCAAGUACCUGCGCCCAGACUUGACGGUAUAUCACGUGAGGGCGGUAGCGUUGAUUUGGGCGUUGCAGGGCAUCACGCAUCGGAAGUCGCAUGUGGAGUCCGUUUUGGCGGAGAAACUUACGGCCAGGCAACCACUGGAAGCGUUCGAGGCAUUUGGCGUGCUUUGGAGGUUGACGGAGGAUUCGUUCCUGCCUGGGUUCCGGUUCAAGAUGCCGAUGAUGAUUGUGUUGGAUUCGCUCAAGUCAGAGGAUGUGUCUCUGAGGAGGGUCGGCGAGACCUGGAUGCGCUGCAGUCUGCGGUCCUAUCUUCGCGUUCUAGACCCGAUCCUCUUCGAUUUGCUCGACCCAGCGAUUCAACGGACAGCGUACACACACCGGGUCAAGGGCAAGGAAAUCCAGGGGUAUAUGUAUGAGCGGUCUUUUGAUCAACACUACGCGGGACACUUGUUGGACUUGUUACUUGCGAUCGUGCGCUUUGGUGGACAGGGCUUCUCCAAGACUGCUCGUGGGUCGCUUAUCAAAGGCGAGCUGCUUCUCAGCCGGGUCGAUGGCCAAAGCUCCUAUCUGGAUGCUCUGGUUGACGUACUAUUACGCUUCCUCCAAUCAGAGCCCAAAGAAAACCAUGAAACGUCAAUGCUCGCAAACAACUUGGCCAUUCAGUCAACUACUGUCGAUUUACUCCAGGCUAUUGUGGCCAGGGGUGAGGUCGAUCCUGUCACGGUCGAAGUGAUCCAAGCAGUCGUCGUGGGGAAGCUGUAUCUGUGUAUCCACAGCGGAAAGCUGGAUUUGCAGAACAAGCUCUUGCAUCUACUCCAUUCCUUGAUCUCAGCAUCCGCGGCUGAGAAGCCGGGCAAUGCCGAGUCGUCCUCCUCGGCGUCUGACACGGACGCUACCCCUCAUACGGUCGCGAACACAUUGCUCAUCCAGGCGCUCGUGGAUGGGCUCUCGACGCCGGAGAACCGGCCCGUGCUGCAGCACUGGCUGGACUUCGUGCUGAUGGCCGUGCAGCUGUUCCAGCCAGCGCUGCAGAAUGUGGUGACUCCGCUCAACGAAACGCUGUGUAAACAAAUACUAGCGAACCUCGGCGACUUGCUGACGGUUACAUUCGCGGAUGGAUUGUUCGGGGACGAUCUGAAAUCGACUGCGACGGAUGCUGAACUGGGGAUGUUGCUGGGGGGACUCGAGCGAUUGGUGUUGUUGAGUCUGGCGUUCCCAACUGAGAGCGGUGGGGCAGGAAGUGCCGGUGGCGGUGUCGAGGACGAUACUGUCGAGAACAGCAGCGGCCUAUUGGGCUAUGUGUCGACCGUUUUCAGCUCUGACACAGCGCCGCCUGUCUCGGAUGAACAACAGUUGACUGCUAGAUCGGCAGGAUAUCGCUCCUUGCACGAGGCCGUCCGAGUCUUGUAUCUCGUGUGGUCGACACUGGCUUGGGAGGAGCGAAGCACGUGGUCAUCCAAGGACGAAACCCUCGAACUCAUCUACUCGCGAACCAGGCUGAGGUGUAGACGGGUCCUCGAGCAUCUCUUCAGAGUACAGAGUGCAGAGGUGUUCGAGUCGAUCAUUGAUUACUGGAAUCGAGAGUUGCCGGAAUCGCAGCUGCCUUAUGAGCAAGCUUUUGAGCUUGUUGACGUUCUCAUUUCAAGUGCGCAGGGUGUGGUGCAUAUGGUCUGUGAGAGCAUCACCAUCCGGAUGACCGGUGUCUCUGAGAAGACGAAGAAACAAGCCAUCAAUCCUGACUUAACGGAUGCAGUCCUCUUCAAGUUCUUGGAACAAUAUCUCGCCCGUCUCGAAGGUCCGAUCGCACUGCAGGUCUGGCCGAGAUAUCUGCAACUGGUCAAAGAUGUAUCAGGGAGCACGAGGGAAUACAAGCCCCAGACGUACCCUGCAUUGCGUUGCUUGACUGUUCUUGCGGAGAAAAUCACGCAGACCACGGCGAUGGAAGACCGACGGAACCGGAAGGAGCUACAAGAGACGUUCGGCCGGCUGCUGGACUCGUGUGUGAUGUUCAUCGGGCGCGACCAAGGUUCCUGGAUCCGCCGGAGUGUGAAAGAGAAUGGGCGGGACUCGCCUGCGCCAGAUAAGGACAAGGAGAAGGAGAAAGAGAAGGAAAAGGAGAAAGCGAUGGUUCCAACGACCGCUUCGGAGGAGGUCUUUGUGCAGAUCAACGGAUUCAUUGCAGGAACGGCAAUGCCCAAUCUACGGAGGUUCCUGAUGGACAACGACAAGGUCGUGGCGGCGUGCACGAACGUCGUGUAUUACAUUGUGGGGCCUGCAAUGAAGGGCAAGAACACUCGGCCGUUGGACAUCGACCCUGUGAUUGUCAGUAUCAUCCGUGAGAUGACACGGAUCCCCGCCGCGCUCAAGACAUGGAAGCCGGCCGUCGCAGAACUGCUUAACGACAACCGGCUGUUCAAUUGCACACCAGACAGCGCGGAAAAGUGGAAGCCAAUCGUGAAGACGCUGUUCGAUCAGGACAAGACAGCGUUCCCUGAGCUGCUCACGAAGGUGGCCACUGCUCCAUCUGCGAACAUCUUUACCAACAGGGAAUACGAGAUGCUCCUGCGGUCACUCAACAUCAGACGGUUGUCGUUUGUGCUGCUGACGGGGGACAAGAACUUUUUCCUGACACAGCUGCCUUCAAUCCAGGAAAAGCUGGUUGACAUUUUCCGCAAUGUGACAGCACCGAUUGUGCAGAGCGAAGUCUAUCUGUGCAUCAGGGUGUUGUUGAUUCGCCUGUCGAGACAUAAUCUGACAUCGUUCUGGCCGGUGUUGUUAACGGAGAUGUACCGGGUCUUUGAGCAGUUGAUGACGAAUCUGCCUAGCGAUGGGUCGGAGGAUCUGCAGCUGGUGUUGGCGGCAAGCAAGUGUCUGGAUCUGCUGAUCACCUUGCAGUCGGAGGAGUUCCAAAUUCACCAGUGGAUCUUCAUCACAGACACCGUCGAUGCUAUUUACCGGCCAGACGGGUGUUUCCCAGAAGCGAUGAUGGAUCAUCUCGCUGAGAUCGUCAGCAGCCUGCCCGCCGACACGUCCUCGACAUUUCCCGUGACACCAGCAACGCCGCAUGCAGCGAUGACAACCGCAGCGGCGCGGCCGAUGCGUCGCCCGCUGCUCAACGGUGUGCGCCAGCUCGAGAGCAUGCGCGAUUUGGUGCCGUUUUUGACCGGCGUCAGCAUUGCCUCGUACGAGAGCGUCUAUGCGAGUGCCGGCAGCGUCGAUUGGGCCAGUGUCGAGGCAGGGAUCUUGGAGGAUGUAUUUGAUGGCAGGUAGUCCGUGUCUGCAUAUACCACAAUUUUAGCAUACCAGUUAUAUAUAGCAACUUGAAAAGUACUUUAUUCAGAACACGAUUCGUUCUCUA